GGUAUAUAUAGCCUGAGAAGGGACCCGGGCAGUCCUGGCAGUCAAAAUGAGGCUUUUCCUCCCCGUCUGCUGCCUGCUGCCUCUACUGGCACUCGCCACUGCAGAUGCAGUGGAUUCUGAGACUGAGCCGCUUGUGCCGUUCCAGCUGAAGUCUGAAGGCGAGCUGUUCAACUGCUGUGAUGGCACAGAGGAUAUAAGCCAGAGCUCCUCCAAUGACACCCCAGCACCAAACAGACCUGUGUGCCAACCCUGUGGCACUGGUGCACAAAUUGACACCACGGCAGAAGAUGUCAGUUCUAAUGAGGAUGAAGAGGAGAAGGAAGUUGCUUCAGAAGAGAAAUCUGAGGAGUUGAGUCAAGAGGAGACCUCUUCUGAAGAGAUAUUUGAGGAGGAGGCACAGGAAGAGGAGGCAGAAGUUGAGUUAGACGAAUCUAAUGAAGAGGUGGAGGAGGAAGUUCUCGAGGAGGCACGUGAAGACGUGAAGGAGGAGGAGAUCUCAGAGGUAGACAGUGAUAUAGAAUCUCAAAUGGUUGAGGAAUCUGUGGAAGAGGACGACAAGGAAGUUUCUCAGACCGAUGAGGAGGUGGUUGAGGAAGAGGAGGUUCUUCAGACUGAAGGUGAAGAAGAGGAACUUUCUCAGACUGAAGAGGAGGUAGUUGAGGAGGAGGAGGUUCUUCAGAUUCAAGAAGAGGCAAGUGAGGAUGAAGAGGUUUCUCAGACAGAAGAGGAGGCAGAUGCGGUUCCUCAGCUUGAAGAGCAAGUGGAAGAGAAAUCAGAAGAGGUAACAGAGGAAGAAGCUAAAGAAGAGGAAGCUGUAACAGAGGAAGAAGGAGCUCCUGAGGAACAAUCUGUAGAAGAACCAGAAGCCUUUGUAGAAAUGGUGGAAACAGAAGCUGCCGAGGAACUAGUAGCAGAUGUUGUUGCAUUAUCCCAAGAGGUGACUGAGGAACUUGAGGAACCAACUCCAGAACAAAUUAUGGUCCAAGAAGAUGUUUCUACACCUGCUAAAGAAGUAAAGGUGGAAGAAGUGUCAGAUGAUGUACCAGCAACCAAAGCGUCUGAGAAAGUGGAGAAAACAACCCCCUCAGGUCCUGCCACAAGAGAUCAGUCUCACAUUGAAGAGACGCUGCGUCUGGCAACAGCUGAACCUUCAAAGGAAUUUGUUGAUGCUCUGAAGAAGCUGCAGCAUGUCUACAACACUGCAAUUAAACCCUUGGACAAGGCCUACAAAUACAAUGAGCUCAGGCAGCAUGAAGUGUCAGAUGCAGAGAUCACAUCUAAGCCCAUGGUCCUGUUCCUGGGUCCUUGGAGCGUUGGCAAGUCUUCCAUGAUCAAUUAUCUUCUGGGUCUCGAUGACACUUCACAACAGCUUUACACUGGAGCUGAGCCCACAACCUCAGAAUACACUGUACUGAUGCAUGGUGAGAAGUUUCGUACCAUUGAGGGCAUUGUCAUGGCGGCAGACAGUUCCCGCUCGUUCUCACCACUGGAGAAGUUUGGUCAGGGGUUUCUGGAAAAGCUGGUUGGAAUUGAGAUGUCGCACAAACUCCUGGAGCGCGUCACCUUUGUGGACACGCCUGGAAUCAUUGAGAACCGCAAACAACAAGAGAGAGGGUACCCCUACAGCGAAGUCUGCCAGUGGUUUAUCGACCGUGCUGAUCUCAUCUUCCUGGUGUUUGACCCAACCAAACUGGAUGUCGGAUUAGAACUAGAAAUGCUGUUCAGACAGAUGAAGGGACGCGAGUCACAAAUCCGUAUCAUCCUCAACAAGGCUGACAGUUUAACAACCCAGGACCUAAUGCGCGUGUACGGCGCCCUCUUCUGGAGCAUGGCACCCUUGAUUAACGUGACAGAACCACCACGCGUCUACGUGAGCUCAUUUUGGCUGCAGGAUUACGCUCCGGACACCAACAGAGACCUUUUUAAACGUGAAGAGAUCUCUCUGCUGGAGGACCUAAAUCAGGUAAUCGAGAAUCGGCUAGAAAACAAAAUCGCCUUCAUUCGGCAACAUGGCAUCCGCGUGCGCAUCCACGCCCUCCUGGUCGACCGCUACCUGCAGACGUAUUAUGAGAAGCUGGGCUGGUUUAGUGACCCACAUGAGGUUUUCAACGAUAUUGUCAGUGACCCUGACAAAUUCUACAUCUUCAAGUCCAUUCUGGCCAAGACCAAUGUGAGUAAGUUCGACUUGCCAGAACCGGAGGCGUAUCGGGACUUCUUUGGAGUCAAUCCUCCCAGCGGCUUUAAGCUCCUCUCCUCGUACUGCAGCUGGUCAGGCGGAUGCCUGCUGGAGAAGAUCGAGAAGGCCAUCACAGAUGACCUGCCGGCUUUGCUCAGCAGUCUGGCAGAGAAACGGGAAGCCAAGGCAGAGGCAGCUGCAGAAACCAAGGAGAAACCCCAAAACCGUUGGAGGAGACAGUAAUAGAAGAACGGUGGGAAAUAUGGAAGAGUGGCACCAAAAGCAAUGAAUGGAUGGAUGAGAGAGUAUAAGUGACACUUCGAUGAGAUUCACAUCAAUGGAAAGCCAGUUAAACACAGUGUGUACAGAGACUUUUACCACUCUGUAUAAAACAGACCUAAAUGAAGGGAAGCAGUGUCCUAUUUUUCUUCCUUUUGUGUUAUUCUUUUUCUUCCUUGUUCUAAUUUAACUCCGCUUGCAAAAAUGUUA